GCGAGGCGGCGGAGUAUGCGCGGGCCUGGGCGGCCAGCCCCGGCGCACAGCCGCGGCCGGGGCGCGCGGCGCGGGGCGGAAAAGCCUGUUUACACAGACUGCACACCGCCUGGGGAAUAAUGCAGUAAAGGAAGUGAGCCGGCUCGGCCUGACUGCUCCAACUUCCUGCUCUCACACACACCAGAGGGGAAAAAAAAAAAGAGGAGUGAGAGAAAGAAAAAAAGGGGGGAAAAAUCAGGAUCUCAUUACAAGAGCAACAGACCGUCUGCAGACGCCUGUCAGCAUGGAAAGUCGGGGGCUUUCGCCCGGUUCCUCCUAGAAAUUCCCUCGAAGAAGGAUCUUGAAAGCUCCCCCACAUCUGGGUAUGGAGAGUGCAAUCACGCUGUGGCAGUUCCUGUUGCAGUUGCUGCUGGACCAGAAACAUGAGCAUCUGAUCUGCUGGACCUCCAACGAUGGUGAAUUCAAGCUCCUUAAAGCAGAAGAAGUGGCCAAACUGUGGGGACUCCGAAAAAACAAAACAAACAUGAACUACGAUAAGCUGAGCAGAGCCCUGCGAUACUAUUAUGACAAGAACAUCAUCAAGAAGGUGAUCGGGCAGAAGUUUGUGUACAAGUUUGUCUCUUUCCCGGAGAUACUGAAAAUGGACCCUCACGCCGUGGAGAUCAGCCGGGAGAGCCUUCUGCUGCAGGACCGGGACUGCAAGGCGCCCCCCGAGGGCCGCGAGGCGCACAGACACAGCUUGUCGGCCCUCAAAGGCACGAGCCGCAACGAAUACAUCCACUCGGGCCUGUACUCGUCCUUCACCAUUAACUCCCUGCAGAACCCGCCAGAAGCCUUCAAGGCCAUCAAGACGGAGAAGCUGGAGGAGCCGCCGGAAGACAGCCCCCCUGUGGAGGAAGUCAGGACUGUCAUCAGGUUUGUGACCAAUAAGACCGACAAGCACGUCAGCAGGCCCGUGGUGUCCCUGCCCUCCACCUCCGAGGCCUUCCUGGCCUCCUCCGUCUCCGCCAAGAUCUCCUCCUUAAUGUUGCCGAACGCCGCCAGCAUCUCGUCGGCCUCGCCCUCCUCCUCCCGGUCCCCCUCCCUGUCCCCCAACUCGCCCCUCCCUUCUGAACACAGAAGCCUCUUCCUGGAGGCCGCCUGCCAUGACUCGGAUUCCCUAGAGCCCUUGAACCUGUCAUCGGGCUCCAAGACCAGGUCUCCAUCUCUUCCCCCAAAGGCCAAAAAGCCCAAAGGCUUGGAAAUCUCUGCGCCUCCGCUGGUGCUCUCCGGCACCGACCUUGGCUCCAUCGCCCUCAACAGCCCCGCCCUGCCCUCGGGCUCCCUCACCCCCGCCUUCUUCACUGCACAGACACCCAACGGACUGCUCCUGACCCCGAGCCCGCUGCUCUCCAGCAUACAUUUCUGGAGCAGCCUCAGUCCAGUUGCUCCACUGAGUCCUGCCCGGCUGCAGGGGCCAAACACGCUGUUCCAGUUCCCAACACUGCUCAAUGGCCACAUGCCAGUGCCAAUCCCCAGUCUGGACAGAGCUGCUUCUCCAGUACUGCUUUCUUCGAGUUCUCAGAAGUCCUGAUGACAUCUGGCCACAACUAAAGACUCAUUAACUGAUGAAAUAAAUUUGUCCCCAUGGGCUAGUUUACCUGUGUCAUGAGAAGGACUUUGUGAAACCCUGUUAAUUUGGUUUGCACUUUUCAUAACAUGGAUGGUCUAGAUAUAUGUUAGCAUUUUAAAAACUUUUUUUAUAUUCAAGUAUAUAUGAAAUCUGUUUUUGCAUUAAGCGAAUUUUAAUAUUUUUGUUUUUAUAUCCUCUUGGCUCUUAAGUGUUGAACACUGUUGACAGUGAAGAACUUUUCUUAAUGGUUUUCAGUGUAACUAAUUAAGGAUGUGAAGCUUUUUUCUCUUUAAUUCUGCAUAUGCUGAACUCUGCUUAUAUACACCAUUAACCAGCUGUGCCUUCCUUUGCAUUUAGUUUUAUGUAAAUGAUUUAUAUUUUUUAGUAUUAAGAGAAAAUGUUUGAAAGACAAAAAUUAGUAUCAGACAGCUCUAGUAGAAUUUUGUUAUUUUUCACAAGUAGGCAAUAUGAAAGCAUAUUCAUAUUAUUUUUUUUGCUUUCGAUUAUAAGAAUUGCCUUAGAAUCUCUUUUGAACUGAAAUUCAAUAAAUGUAAUGUCCAAGUAAUGUUUUUAUAAGAAGAAACUAAGCCAUAUUUAGACAAUAAAAAUUCAUUAAAAAAUGUUCGAAAGUGCAUUUUUUAUAAGGAAUUUGAAAGGCUAGCCUCCCAGCUGUUUACAAUCUUUUAGACUCCUCCCAAACAAAAACCCUGAGAUGGAAAAGCUAUAUCCAGUUUAUUCUGUCCUAUCCCUGAAAUAUUUUUCUAGGUUAGCAUAUUCUAUUUUCAAACAGUUAACCUUGGUUCUCCCUGUUUUCCAUAGAGAAUCACGCCCCUCUGAUACAUUUCCUGUAUCACUGAGUUAAGGUUUCUCUAAACCCCUGGAACUGUAAUUAACAUUUAAAAAUCCUAUGCUUCGGAAGGGGCUCACAGACUGGUGAUGCAUACGAACAAUGCAGGAGCAGUUCUGGAACAGGAGGUGUCUUCGUGUGUAUAGGUAGAGCCUGGCUUGUGGAGAUGGAGAAGUUACUACUAAACUGGGGGUAAGAAAUAAAUCUGAUACAACGAAUAGAAGAUUCUUCAGAAACCUCAUCGUUGUUGAGCUGAACUGAUUAUGUUGACAAUUUCGAACACUAAAUUAUUUUGUGUAGUUUAGAGCAGUGCUAACAGGAACAUAACUUCUGUUCCUUCAAAACACAGCAGGCACCACUGUAGGGCACCAUUCUGUACAGUACAAAAGUUCUAGAGGUAAGAGAACUGGAACGUGCCCAGUGUUUUCAACUCAAGAUCAGUUAACUCCCAUCCUUAAGUUGGAGUAACAGACACCAAUUUGAAAUGUGACUAAAUAAUUAAUUGAUCUAAACCAGGCAUUAAAUAGCAGGGAUAAAAAAAAAACCAAGCUUGCAAAAACAAAAAUGUUUCUUGAAUUCUCAAAAAUAUCUAUAAAAUUUUGUUAGGAUACAAAUGGAGACUUUCAAUUGGAAUUGAGAAUCUCUACGUGAGGGGAUGAAUGCCCUUGUCUACGGGAAAAAUGCAAACAUUCCAACAUGCAUCUUUGAAUAUGAAAUAAUGGAGCUGAUUCCAAAAUCCAGACACUACUGUCAUGAGCUAAGGAUAAUUCUGUACAAAAACAGUUGGUCCAGCUGAUAUUUUACAAACAUAAAAUGUUAGAGCUAAAAAGGGCCUUUGAGAAUGCAUCCUACCCCCCCCCCCCCCCGCCCCCUGCCAUGUUUCCAGAUAAGGACACUGCACAGGAGAAGCUGGGAGUCGCCUAAGGCCACCCAGCUCAGUGACAGGAGGAUAACGAUCAGUGCUCGGUCAGUUCUGCUUCCCAUGCUUAGCUAUCCAUAACUACCAGUCCAAAACUACGCUAGGUAAAACACAGGUAAGAAUGCAAGAUUCUUACACCGAAACUAAAAAGGAAGUUAAUGUGCAGAUAGCACAACCAAAAAUAUCUUCAAAUGUAAAUGCUGACUGGAAAUACUCAAAUGACUAUAUAUCAGAUUCUUGUAUUCCUUUCCUCCAAAGACUAUGAUUAACAUAUAAUCUGGCCCCAUCUACUGGAAAUGGAAAAAAUGCCAUAGUUGCUGAUGGAUCAAAACUUUUACUAUAACACAAACAGAGAACAAGGACUGAAGUAUAACCCUUAGGGCUCUGCCUCAUUCUGUGUGUGUGCGCGUGUGGUGUUUAUUGUUUUUUAAACAACUAUUUUAGUCAGAAAAUAGUUUUCACACAACAUAUUAAAUUUCUUUUUAUGUCUGCUUGAUCAGUGUUAAACUGUUAAGGCUAAAGUUUUAUAGAACUAUAAUCUAAACAUUGGUCCCUUUGUACACCUCUUUUGUAUGACUGCAACUCCUCAUUCACUUUCAUAAUAUGUAUCAUUUUUACUGUUAUUUUUGUUCAAUAAAUACUUUGUGAUAAAAGGU